GUCUAGCCUCACCUGGUCGGGGAAACUUCUCGUCGUCCAGGAAUUAGGCUUUGGCUGUCGCACCAUAUUAACCGGUGGAAAUUAAUGGACGUACGACAAUCCCCGCAAUUAGUACGAAUACGUCUGGCCUCGUACCACAGGAGUUCCUGGUCGAGGGUCUUCCUACCGACACUAGUCACUGUACUUCCUGCACCCCAGAAACCAUAUUUCUUCCCACGUUCCAACCCGCACGUGCCCAUGCUUACACCAUGAAUUCUUUUUAUAACUAUACAUCCUCCAUUCUUUCCGCGCGCACUGCAAGCUUGACGAUCAAAUCUCAAACUCACAGCUUGGUCAUGGUCGUCGCCCCUCUCAAUGUCUGCGUCCGGAGAUCGUAUCACCCGGCCCACAGAUCCUGAUGAUCUUGUCCUGGAGGCCUGGGGACAGGGCCUGAUGGUCGGUUCCUUGGUGGUGAUGGCCGCGGUGACCUUUGCGAAUAUGAAGAGACACAUUCUGUUGCAUAAACUGAUUUUUGCCGAGCUUAUUCUCGCUAUGGCCCAUGGCACCUUCAUAUUCCCCAAAGAACCCGCCUACGGAUGGUACCUUUCCUGCAGUGCUAUCGGACUGAAUGUGUCCUGGACUCUGCAUAAUGUCAUUGCGUGGAUGAAGAAUAAGCCAUUCCUGAGUCGCAGGGUUUCACAAGCUUAUAUCAUCACGGUUCUGCUGGUCCAGCCGUACUGGGUGGUGGAAAUCUACGCCAAUUUCACCUACUUCAACAAUAUUAACAAGAUCUUCCUCACAACACGGCCAAUGGAGCCUCUCUUCCGAGACCCCUGGUGGGUGUUCACCACCUGUUCACUCUUCUACACUAUUAAGCGCUUGUACAACUUUGGCAUUAUAGAAUUGGUGACUGUGAGCCCGCGGUUCGGGAUUAUGCUAGCAUCAAUGUGCCUUUCCAUUGCAUUCAUAAUCAUCGAUACGUGUGUCGUUCUGAACGCCUUCCCAGCGCAUACACUCCCUACCGGAGUUGAACCAUUCUGGAAACUAUCAUUUAUCUUCAAAUGUCUCUGCGACACCGUCAUCCUCGACGACUUCAAGACAGCGCUUGAUCGAAUGCGAAACUACUGGCUACAGAAGCGGGCCAGGACUGGCGAAGUCCUUCUUCCGGAGACCCAGUAUGAACCUGGCAGUCGCAGACACGAGAGGGAUGACAUCGAGGCAUUUGGUAGCGAGAGACGGGGCAGUGAACUUAGAAAGCCCGAUUCGUCGGUUCCGCGAGUUCACACAAGGGAAGAUGUGGGUAUAGCUCUUUGAUCAUGCAUAUGUAAUCCUGCAUUGUGCGUUUCUGAUGAUUAUGAUUGAUUCGAUGAUAUCCACCCGUGUUUUUGUUUGUUUCAAUUAUACUUUGGUUAGGCGAAUAUCUUGGGGUUUGAUGCGCUUAAAUUGGUCACUGUUGUCGGUAACAAAGGCUGUUCUACUCAUAAUGUGCCAAAAAUAUCAUACUAUAUGAUCUGUGAUGGGCAAUGUAAAAGGUAAACUCUUUGAUUCUCUGAAAUAGUAAUUGAUCAGCCUUGGCAUAGCCCUAUGUGAAGAUGCAACACAAAGACCACGCGGUAGUCAAAAAAUGUCUCCUCAAAUAGCUAUCAGAGAAGUCUAGGACCUUUGUAUCGUCAACCUUUGUUUUACUUUUUCUUCAUUUAUUUGCCUUUCGAGACAUUUUGACCCGAAACUUCGAUAUACUGUUUCAUAUUUCUUUUGUUUCAUGUUUGCCAAGCAGGAAUCACGAUAUGCUGGUCUUUUCAGACAUGACAGACCGCAUGACCGAUGCUUUGUUCGACAAAGAACCCUACGCAAAUCACGGAGAACGUUUUCAAAGUCUAGCU